AAAAAAGCGAAGAAGCGAGCAGAGCGAAUCAAUUCCAAUGUCUUCUCCAUAUUCGAGCAAGCACAAAUCCAGGAGUUCAAAGAGGCUUUCACUAUUAUGGGUCAAAUCAGAGACAGAUUCAUUGACAAGAAUGACCAGAGGGAUACUUUUACAGCUUCAGGCCGUCUGAACGUCAAGCAAGAGGAGAUUGAUGAGAUGCUGAAGGAAACACCAGGACCCAAUAACUUCACUGUCUUCCUCACCAUGUUUGGAGAGAAGCUUAAAGGUGCAGAUGCAGAGGAAACCAUCCUGAAUGCCUUUAAAGUGUUCGAUCCAAAAGGAAAGGGGACUUUAAAGAAGGAUUUUCUGAAACGGAUGCUAACAACGCAAGCAGACAGAUUUUCCCCAGAGGAGAUGGAGCAGAUGUUUAGUGCUUUCGCUUCAGAUGCUGCAGGUAAUCUGGACUAUAAGAACCAGGUCUACAUUUUCACACAUGGAGAGGAGAAAGAACAAGAGUACAUAGGUUGCGUAACGGCGUGUGACGUCAGAGCAGUCACAAGACUUCAGCAGUUCAUGAACCGCAGCGAUACGCGAGCGCGCACAACGAUGGUGCUCUAUGCGAGAAGAAAGUUUUAUAGAAACCGGAUCUACCUGGAUAUUCUGAAUCACACCUAA